CCGGGGGCUCCGCCUCGGGUUAAGGCGUGUUCCGGGGCUGCUCCAGCUGUCCUGGGCUCGCGCGGAGGAGAGCCUAGCGGGGAGGCGGCGGGUUGCAGGGACCCUUCUCUCCCCGACUUCGGGGAGUCGGAGCUCCGGGCUUUCCCAGUAUUCUUAGUUGUAUCCUGGUUCCUGGAUUGGAAUACCAGGCCUCCAUUUAGACAAGGAUUGGAUGCUGAAACUGGACUAUAAAUGCUGUAUGGUCUGAUAACAAAUUGUACCAUGAACUAUACGCGUGUCUCUACAGUAGGUGGAAAUUCAGCCCUGUCUCUGACGCUACUUUGGAGUUUGUGACUGAGAUCCCUUGAGCCACCAAUCAUGGUUUGGGAGGUGAAAGGUGAAAGAAAGAAGUGAGUUUCCAGGGGUGAUGGAGGCGGUAGACCUGUCUUUUCUCUCAGAGGCGGAGCGGGAAUUCAUCAUCCGGGUUCUCCAGCGAGAUGAGGAACUGCGGAAAGUGGAAGAGAGAAGAAUUAGGCGUCUGAAGAAUGAGCUGCUGGAGAUCCGAAGGAAAGGGGCCAAGAGGGGCAGCCAGCGGUACAGCGAGCGAACCUGCGCUCGUUGCCAGCAGAGCUUGGGCCGGGUCAGCCCCAAAGCCAACACCUGCCGGGGUUGCAAUCACCUGGUUUGUCGUGACUGCCGCGCCUACAGCGCCGAUAGCCGCUGGCGCUGCAAAGUCUGCGCCAAGGAGGCGGACCUGAAGAAAGCCACGGGAGACUGGUUCUAUGACCAGAGAAUGCAUCGCUUUGCUCCUCGACUGGGCAGUGACAUCAUCCGAAUGUCUCUUCGGCGCAAACCACAGGCUAGCAAAAGAGAGACGACAAGCCAAGUGCUUCUUCAGAAAGCUCAACACAAGGAUCCCAAAAGUGACUCCGAAGCGGCCCCGAAAAGUCCUCAGCAGCAACGCAAGGAGCCCAGCUUGAUGUCCGAUUCCUCUGAGCCACGGGAUCCAAAAAGCGACACAGAAUCUACUGAGAAUAUAAGCUUGGAUGGCUCGCGCCCAGCCUCUGAUCCCACUUCUGCUCGAUCUAGUCCUCGCCAAGAGAAGAUGAACACUCUCAGCCCACCGGGGUUCAAGGUUUCCAGCCUAACCCUUCCUGUUGGCUUUAAAGAGACCCCCCACUCUGAUUCAGAUAGCGAAGCCUUUUGCGGGACUCAGAGUGCAGUUUCAGCAGAUGAAAAUGAAGUCUUGUUCAAAAAAAAUCCAAGGAGAAUUCAGAGGCCGUCAGAAUACACGAAGUCUGUGAUUGAUCUCCGUCCAGAGGACCCUGUCAAUGAAAGUGGAAUUCUGGGAGACAGAAGCAAGUCAGUCCCAGGCCUCAAUGUCGAAGCGGAGGAGGAGGAGGAAGAUAUAGACAAUUUAGUUGAAAUUCAUCGGAGAAGGGCAGGCCGAAGUAGCAUGCACAGUGGAACAUCCUUGAGCACCCUGGGAAGCAUGGUCAGCAUUUACAGUGGGGCAGGUGACUUUGGGAACAUCAGCGUCACGGGGGAGAUUGCCUUCUCGUUGAGCUAUGAGGAAAAAACCCAGGCCCUUUUCAUCCACGUGAAGGAGUGCCGCCACUUGGCCUAUGCUGACCCAGCCAGGAAGCGCUCCAACCCAUACGUGAAGACAUAUCUUUUGCCAGACAAGUCUCGUCAGGGCAAGCGAAAAACCACUAUCAAACGUAACACCGUCAAUCCCCUUUACAAUGAAUUGCUCAAGUAUGAGAUCCAGAAGUCUCUUCUGUUGACCAGAAUCUUGCAGUUCUCUGUUUGGCAUCAUGAUCACUUUGGACGGAAUCACUUCUUGGGAGAGGUGGAUGUCCCAAUGGACGCCUGGAACUUUGACAGCCAGUUGGAAGAGUGUCUUCUCCUGCAUGAAAAGAACCUUGGAGACUCUGCUGCGUCUUCUCAAUAUGGAGGCGAGAUAGUGGUGUCCUUGAAGUUCAUUCCACCUGCUAAACAUCUUGGUGCAGGAAAUGGGAAAAAAGGCAAAAAGGAAGAAGGCGGUGAACUUCAAGUCUGGAUCAAAGAAGCCAAGAACUUGACUGCAGCCAAAUCUGGUGGGACCUCGGACAGUUUUGUGAAGGGGUAUUUGCUCCCUCUGAAGAACAGGACCACCAAGAAGAAGACCCCGGUGGUGAAGAAAAGUCUGAAUCCUCACUACAAUCACACUUUGGUCUACAAUAACAUCUUUGCAGAACAAUUGUCCCACAUCUGUCUGGAACUCACAGUGUGGGACCGGGAGCCUUUGUCCAGCAAUGAUUUUUUGGGCGGUGUCCGGCUCGGAGUUGGCAACGGAAUGAGUAACGGCCAGGCAGCGGACUGGAUGGAUUCCACAGACGAGGAGAUAAACCUUUGGCAAAAAAUGCGCAAGUACCCAGGAUCCUGGGCAGAAGGAACCCUUCCUCUUCGGGCUACCAUGAUCAAGACGAAGCCGUAACUUGUUUGGACAAUCCAAUCCGAAAAAGAGGUGGCUAGUCUGGAGAGCUGGCCCAAAACUGUCCACCUCCCGUAGCCCAGGAGCUAAUUUGGGCAAGGGCCCCUUCUAAAGAAGGGGAUGUUUUCCGGACGGCCUUUUUAUUUUGGAGAAUCUUAAUUUUUGCAAUAUUAUUGGUGCUCUUUUCUUAAAGUGCCUUUACAUUUUUAUUUUAUUUUUUCAUGUUCUGCUCUUUCCUUCUCCUUCCUGCUCCCUUUCCUGUGCUGUCCUUGUUUUUUUGUUUUUUUUUAAAAAGCCUUUUGGAUGUAAGCUAUUUUCUUACAUCCGGUUUUAAAUGUCACUGCUGCCUGCUCCCUAGCCAGCAGGAAAGGGUGACAGAAAUAAAGUUCAAAUCUGUCUUGCAGAAGCAGCAGGAAUUCAA